AUGACUACUAUUAAGGAGCUUUCCGAGUCUCCUUUUGACAAAUCGAAAGUGACAUUAUCACUUGUGUAUGUUUCUGAGCGAAACACAUUUGUACAGGUGACUUCAGUUGGAGUAAACUUUGUGAAGGGUGGUAAAGGAGUAUAUAUUAUCUGUAAAAAUGAAUUUGGCAUUCAGCAUGCAAGUGCGGAUGCCAAUUUGAGAUUACUUGUGUUCUCAAGCUCAAGAUUUGUAUCCGUUGUGGAUCUCAAUACCCACCAUACAAGGGCGUCACUUGAGCUGGAUAACGAAGUUUCAUGUUUGGUAAUUUCAUCUUCGCAGGGUUUUGUAAUUGGAGAAUGGAACUCCGGUGCCGUUUGUUUGUAUGAGGUUCAGGAUGGAGAGAUUUUAUUGAAGGGUCGCAUUUUUUGUUCGGCAACCUCGUGUUCCAUGUGUAUUUUGUCACACCUUCAUACACCACGACUUGUUGUUGGAUUACUGAAUGGGUAUAUUGCGGAUAUUUCUUUGGAAUCAAUGUUAAUGGGAAGUGCUGCUCGGGAAACAUUUAUUAGGAUGCAGCCUGUGCAAUUAUUUAAUUUGGAAAGCCAUAAUGCAGUUCUUUGCCUUGGAGAAGUACCUCUCAUCAUCAUUCUUUGCGAUACGGGCUUUCAACUUACUGGAAUUGAUUUCAAUGAUGUUGCGGCGUGCGCUAUAAUUGAAGGUUCCCACAUUUCAUCUAAAUACAUAUUUCUUUCUCAGAGUGAAAAUUCUCUUGCGUUUGGAAAUAUUGUGGAUCUUAAGAAGUUAAACUCAUGUUUUCUGGGCCUGAAAGCCACUGUGACUCGAGUGAAAUACAUCGCGUGGUGGAACGUCUUUGUGAUGUCUGUUCGCCGAAAUGAAAAGGAUCAGAUCCUUUUAUUGAUGGGGCAUGAGUUGGCGAAUUCAUGGGUUCCACAAAAUGAACUCUUAAUUGAACUCUUCUCAAUUGAACUCUUGGGAAACGAACGAUGUGUUUUUUUUGAGACUGUUGUUCUUGGAGGGUCUAACGAAUCCCCCAACGGUAAUGAGGCGGAUAAAGACAAGGCGAUACUUUUGGGUACCACCUUUGCGUUUCCGGAUGAACAGUUGCCACGGUCAAGUCGAUUCAUAUGGUAUUCUGUCGAACAAGGAAAAUUAAUAUCAGAACGACCACAACUACGCCAAAUUGGUAGCAAAGAUGUUGAAGGGGCGCUUCAAUGUUGUUGUAUUGUUCCAAACUAUGUUGGUCGAAUAGCCCUUGGAAUAAAUGGUUGUAUAGCGUUGUAUAGUUGGAAUGCUGCGGACUCUGUUUUUGUGGCCGAGGAAACGAUUUGUAUCGGUACCAUUGUAACACGUGUGUUGCCUAUAUUUCAAGGGGACGCAUCUUACAUGGUGGCCUUUGACGCCCGCCAUAGUUGCUUUUUUAUUCAGGUGGAUACUUUUCAGGGCAGUCUCGAGAUAGUUGCCCGUGACUCCGAGCCGCGGGGAGUUAUGGAUGGUACUGUGUUUCAAUUGGGCAACAUCUACAAUAUUUGUUUUGGGGAUGAUUACUACAAUUUUUUUUGUCUCUCUCGUGGUGCAUCGACUUUGCCGAGUGCCUCAAACGCAACAUCGGCUACGGUGUCAAGCGGUAAACUCGAAACAAGCGCACAGUAUCAUUUGGGAGACAUGGUGACAGCAAUGCAACUAGGCAGUUUUGCCCCGUGUUCUGUUACAAAUAUUGCUGUUCCUAUUCCAACUACACUUAUUCCUGGGAUUUGCGGCCCCCAAGUCGUUUUUGGAACCUCCCAUGGUGCUUUUGGUACGAUAACCCCUGUGUCCAACGAAACAUAUCUUCUCUUAAAGGCUCUGGAGGUUGCUGUCUCAUCAGUAGUUCCAGCUUUGGGAGGGUUCGAGCAUGUCACGUAUCGAGAGGUUCUUCGUGCAGGGCAGGAACGAGGCUAUAGUCGCAAUGCCUCGUUUGAGAAUGCGAACGUCGUGUCAUCAGGGGUUUUUGACAAGCGUCGAAAACGCUAUCUGUCCAGGUGUGUUUGUAGUGGAGAUUUGAUUGAGUCCUUUUUAACUUUUUCACAAACUAUUCAACAGCGAAUACUACGCGAGGCCGAAAGUCGCAUUAAAAGCUGCUAUUUUUCAAUGAAUUCCACUCUAGGAGAAUUUUUUGAGCACAACGAUUUAGACAAUAGUUUUGCUGAAAGGAGUGAUGCUUGCUUGGAUGAGUGCAAGACCAUAGGUGACGUAAAUGCCCUAUUCUCUGAAAGCGGAUUGCCUACCUUGCCCCUAACACGAGAGGCGGUUAACGAGUUUCUUCAAAAUAUGCAGCGGAUUCACUAA